AUGCCAUUCAGAUUCCCAGUUAAGUUUGAAAUACCCAAGCAUGCUCAUUUGAAUGCAAGAGUACUUAGAGAUCAAUUUAAAAGAUUACAAGUUGCAGAGCACGAGGUUACUAGAAACGCUUUGAAGUACAUUGCUAGAAAUGAAGAGUUACCUGCAAGAGCAAGAGUAGAAGCCCAGCUACAGUUAGCUUCCAUGCCAAAGUAUACUUCUGCCAUACAGAUAAAGGAUAGAUGUGUUGCCAGUGGAAAUGCUAAAUCAGUUAUCCGUGAUUUCAAAUUGAAUAGAACUGAGUUUAGAAAUAGAGCUCGAGCUGGCUUGAUUCCUGGAGUCAAGGUCGCUUCUUGGUAA